CUAAAAGUCGACAAAGUCAAGCGCAGCUCCAUAAUAAAAAAAUAAUUCAAUGACAUGGCUGACUGUGUCGUUAGUGUGUGCUUGGUCGUGCUUGUGUAACUAAAAACCGCUAUUUUAGACUAAAAAAGCAGUAUAAUCGAAUCUACACCUACAAAAAGCAACCAAACAGAAAAUCAAACCACUACUCAUCAAUAUUGUUUCUUUACAAAUCACAAAAAAUAGAAAGCGGAUUAAAUACUCAGAAAAAGCAAACCUUAAAGUACGGAAAUCUUUCACCGAAAAAACCAACCAAUCGCGACAUUAAUCUUAGUGUAAUUCAAAAAAAAAAAAAUUAUUGAAAAGCCUUAUGAUACAAAAAUUAAAAGAAAAAAAAUACAUGCAAUUGUGAUCUCCAAGUUUGUUUUCCUCCGUAUUUUUUGUUUGAAAACAAACAAAACUAAGUAGGAAAAAAACUAAAAAAAUCCCAACCAACCAACUGAUGUGUUAUUAAAGAAAAAAGUAUUGAAGCGAGGAACCAAAAAAACGGAAGUUAUAACAAAACAACUCAGCACGCAUUUACGACAUCCAACAAGAUCAACAACAAAGAACAGCUCUUGAAGGAACGCAUAAGAUCCAGUGUUCCAUAUUCAACAUCAAUAAUAAUAAUAACAACCAGCCAGCAACAAGGAGAGCUAAAGACAACGCAACAACGGACAGAAACCAAAAAAUUAAGGAAACUCAAUCAAAUCAGAAACAUACACACUUCUCGCCAAGUCGUCCCACUACUUUGGGAAUUAUCGAUCAUCCUUUCACCAUCACCGGAAGCAUUAAUCAUCGGAGUAGUUAGAAGCAUAGAAGAUACCCGAACAGCAGCCGAUCCGCCAAAGGGAGCUGCUUCGGCGGCACCGAGGUUCCCCUUCCGGUACCGGUUUCGGGAUCCUAGGACCAGCGGCUUCGCUUUGCUGAAAGCGGUGCAUUGGCAACAGAACGGAGAACCAGUUCAUCGUCUUGUGUGUAUCGGGUUAGUGUGUUUUAGUGUUUAAUUGAAGUAAAAACUUUUCUGGACAGAAACUAUCAAGUAACAGGUUUGCGAAGUAAGUUAAAACACCAACAUUUGUUAGAAAAAGAGUAAGGACACGAAACUAUUGAAAAGCGAUUGUGUGAAACAAGAAAAAAAAAAUAACCGGAAGCCAAAAAUUACUACGAAAAGCAACAAGUGAUCGAGUUCUUCUAUAGCUGACUUUAGUUUCGGCGAGGCCAGCGAGUGCAAAAUUAAGAACAACAUUUACAUCAUAAAAAACUAUUAUUUUUCCGUCGUCGCCAAUCGGUAUUUGUGCGGUACCCCAGGGGAAUAUUGAUGGUACAUGAACUCUUCGCGGCACGGCUUUACGAAGUGCAACGGAAACUAACUAUAUCAACCACCGCCGUCAUCGCCAAUCGACGAUUGCAAACUAUACCCAUAUCCUGUCAAGGAUCAUUCACCUAUUGAACUUUAAAUCGAAAGAUUACCAAGUGUCUCUCUCUUUCAUUUGCAAGCCGAAUUCAACUACUAAUAAUCAAGUACAAAUCAAUAAAACUAAAAAAAGCUCAUUUUCGAACAGCGAAGAACAGCAACCACCCCCAAACUAUUUUCGGUUUAAGUUUUUAAGUUACGGAAAACGACGGAAGAUCAACCCCGUCAAACUACUUGGAAACUUUGAUUUCUCGGUCGACGACGAACUAAAGUGCAACGGUUUUUGGGAUUGUGAAGCAUCUUUGAAAACGUUAUCGAACUUUUCUACUUACUGAAGUGAAAUAUCCGGGAGGACGCAGUCGUGGAAGCGUAACUGUAUGGUGUGAGAACAAGAAACUCUUGAACGCGAAGUUCAUGAACAAAAACAAUUGAUAGGAAAUAUUUAACCAAUCGUAAGAGAAAAGUCUAAAGUGGAAAACAAGAGAAAUUUAAAAUUCUGAAGUAAAAAGAAUACAAAUAAAACCAUUCUGUGAUAAAAUUAAAAAAAAAAUACAAGUAAACAAAAGUAAGCGUACGUUUAUUGAUGAAAACUAAGUUUAAGCCAAUAAGAAGUAAGUGAAAACCCCUCCCCUGUUAAAGGGGGUGCCACAUGCAACCAACAGUAGAGAAGACAGAAAGCAAAUAGUGCAAGAGACAAAUAUUGGAAACAAUUGAACAGACUAAAAGUAAACAAAACAAACAAGUGGAAGAAACCGCAACUGGACAGUGAUUCCUUUUACACGAGAAAUUAUUUGCCGAAAAGCAACAGAUUAGCUUUUAUUUAUCGAAUUUCCUCUUGUUUUAUUAAAAAGAAAAGAAGUAAACAUUAUAUAACCCCGCUAAGUUAUAUGUUUUUACGUGCCGCUUUCUGUGGUUAAGCCCGGAGAACUUUGUUUUUAUGUUUUCGAAAAACCCGUGUUGAAUUCUCACAGCAGAGGAGAAGAAAAUAAGAAAAAUCUUCAAAGAAGAAGUUGACUUUAUCUUAUACGUUAUUGAACUUAUAAUUACGAAAAUCAACAAAUCCUUCUACGUGAGGCAAGUAAUCAGACUUUGAAUGAUAAGUUUAUUAUAGUGAUUAAAUUAACUGAAAAUUGAAACAAACAAAAAACAGAACGAAAACUUCGAUGUGCUUUUGUGAAAAUCUAUUAUAGUUGUUAUCGUAAGACAAGAAAGUGCACCGCCAAGCAGCAGUCUCCUCAACCCUAAAGGAAGACCCGGUAGCGGAUCGUUAGCGGAAGUGCGUGUGAGUUCAGUUGCAACCGAAGUGGAAUCAUCGCUGAUAAAACCUAUUAAGUUAAAGGAAUAUACUAAAAACUGACAGUAAAAUAUCCGAUAAGGCUGAUUUGUGAAAAUAGAAACCAAAUUCAACUAUUAUUAACUAGCUAAAAGGCGCAAGUGGACGGGAAAAUACUUUUCUUUUCUUCGUGUAAGUGGUAAUAGAACACUGAAUUCGUUAACUCGUUAGUUGAAGAUCAACACACAUCACCGAUCGAACUUUCUUGUCGAUUUCCAGUCAAAGAUCGACAGAUAACCUGCAACUAGUUGAAAUUUUAGUGUGAUUAUUAGUGAAACCAUAAUUAGCUACCUACUUCAUUCAAAAGUGCAGAGGGUGAACUGCUGAACAUAGACAAAGAGUUUUGUUGGGUGCGUUGGUUUCCACGAAAAAAAAUCUUCGUAUCAGUGGUAGCUGGCGGGGGCCGGAAAUACGUUUCGAGUUACGCGUACUGAGAUUCGGUUAAAUCGCGUUUCGCGAACAAACGAGUGGCGCCCAAAUACGGUUAAUCACCGUCAUAUUCCUUGAAGAAAGAAGAAACGCUCCAACAGGAACGGCAUAAGCCUGUUUUAAGGUUUCGUACCCUCUACAGAUCUUGUGCUGGUGAUAGCUACGGAACCGAACAAAGUGGACACCUUAUUGCGACCGCGCCGUUUGGUAAGGGGACAGCAGCAACAGCAGCAGAUACUGGAGCAUCAGGUGCCGACUAACAUGGGAAGCCAAACGAAGCCGUUCCGUUCGGCCGAUGGUCCUUUCAUGGAUUAUGUUGACUACGGCCAGCGGGACAUGUUCUUUAGCGGUGGUGGAGGUCAGGGAAAUAUGCCGUCCUCGUCCCGCCCCCCGAUGGCUUCCUCGAAUUCUUUCCCACCAAUUGGUACGUUCACGCUGGACUCGACUACCAUGGGUGGUUCUACUGGAUCGGCUCCUCCCCCGAACCAGAGUACCAUUUUUGGCGGUGGCGAUUCCAUGAUGGGCAGCGGAUCCGGUGGAACGGGUUCAAUCGGAGUGUUCAACGCAGCUUCGAUUAUGUCCAUGCCCAAUUCCGGCAUGAGUGGAGGGAGCAAUGGAAACGGCUCUGGUGGCCAUAGCAGUGGAAAUUCGGGAAAUUCUUACGGGAGCGGCGGCAGUCAGCAGAACAAUAGCAAUGGAACCGAUACCAAUCAAGGCACUCGCGAAACCGGGAUCAUCGAGAAGCUGCUGCACUCGUAUGGUUUCAUCCAAUGCUGUGAGCGCCAGGCUAGAUUGUUUUUCCACUUUUCGCAAUUUGGUGGUAACAUUGAGCAUUUGAAGAUUGGUGAUCCAGUGGAGUUUGAAAUGACGUACGAUCGUCGCACUGGAAAGCCGAUAGCCAGUCAAGUAACCAAAAUUGCUCCGGAGGUGGUAUUGUCCGAGGAACGUGUAACUGGAACGGUGACCACGGAACUGAAGACAGAGUUAUCGUCUUCAGCAUCGAGCGAUACCACUACCGGUCGGAUUAGCUAUGAAAAUCGUGGCGAAUGCUUUUUCCUACCUUAUACCAAAGAUGAUGUUGAAGGGAACGUAUGUCUGAGAGCUGGCGAUAAGGUCAGCUUCCAGAUUGCUACCAAUCAAAGAGGUAACUUGGGAGCAUGUCAUAUUCGACUGGAGAAUCCGGCCCAUCCAGUCAAAUAUCGUGGAGUGGUGUGCUCAAUGAAGGACACUUUUGGAUUCAUCGAACGGGCUGACGUCGUGAAAGAAAUCUUUUUCCAUUUUUCGGAAACGGACAACACUAUCGAACUGCGCCCGGGCGAUGAUGUAGAGUUUAUAAUUCAGACCAGAAAUCAGGGUAAAGAGGUCGCAUGCAACAUAGCCCGUCUACCACCGGGUUCAGUUAUUUUUGAAGAUGUCGAUUCAACAAUCUACAAGGGCCAGGUUCUCAAGUCACUCGAUCGCAACCACCAGUUGCGCCAACAGAACAACGAUCCACUUCCCGGACGAAUUAGAUAUAGGGCUGCCGAUCACUCGGAAGUAGAAGUGCCAUUCGGGGACAAAGACCAGAAGGGUGAUUUUACCCUGCGCCACGGCGAUUGGGUGCAAUUCUUGCUUGCAACCGAUCGUCGUGACCAGCUGCAGCGUGCCACUUCGAUAUCGCUGCUGGACGAAACAUUCCAGGUGUCCGGCGAGAAGCGCGAGCAGGGUGUGGUCGCUGCACUCAAAGAAGGUUUUGGUUUUCUGCGCUGCGUCGAGCGUAACAUAAGACUGUUUUUCCAUUUUACCGAGGUUUUGGAUACGAGUCGCGAAAUUUGCGUUGAUGACGAAGUUGAAUUUACUGUCAUACAAGAUCCAGGUUCGAGCUUCGCAAAUACCCGUCAGAGCGCCAUCCGUAUCAAGCAUCUGCCAAAGGGUACGGUUCAGUUCGAAACACUGAUCGAAAGCAACGUCGAGGGCAUUGUUUCGCGUGAAGCUCCCAAGAGUCCAAUCAAAUCUCAAGAACGCACUGAGGGUGGAGUCAUAACCUACGGUCAAGGUCCUGUCAAAAAGACUAUAAUGUAUUUUUUGAAAGAUUGUGAUAAAGCUCCACGUGUGGGCGAUAAAGUUAGAUUCAAUAUUUGUCAGGUCAAGCGCAACAAAGAGUUGAUUGCUACCAACAUUCAAGAAAUUACUAACAAUCCUCACCAACUGCAGCAGCAAACUUCAUUGAAUUCUACCAGCGAUCCCCUGUAUCAGCAAGUUCAACAGAUGCAAAUAAACUCAAUGCAGGCACAACAGCAGCAGCCUCAUUCACCGAGCGCCGGCAUGAACAACGGAAAUCGUUCCAUCAGUAACAAUUCGGCCAUCAUGAAAAGCAACUACGCUAAUGGCAAUGUUAAGUCGGGUAAAAUACACCAUGGUUUCAUUGCGGUGUUGAAGGAAAACUUUGGUUUUAUUGAAACAUUGGAGCACGAUCAGGAGGUGUUUUUCCAUUUCAGCAACUUUAUCGGAUCGACCAGCUCGCUGGAACUGGGACACGAAGUUGAGUACUCGCUGUCCACUCGCAGUGCCGUCAAUGCGGGCAAUUGCAUCCCGGCUGAGAAUGUGAAAAUUAUCCCCAAGGGGAGCAUCCCACAGCCAAAGAUUUUGCCUGUGGCGUACAACGGCGUCGUACUGCGCCCGCUUCGUUGCAUUAACCCGGACCAGCUGGAAUAUUGCGGACUGGUCCAAGUCAGAAGUGACACCGGUGAAUCUUUGUCAACCCACGAGUUUGGUAUAACCAGCCUAAACAACAAGCGGGAUCUGUUGCAGAAGGAUGAUAUGGUUAAUUUUAAAGUUGACGAAGCCGGUCGUGCCGUUGAGAUAACAUCUAUCCGUACUAAGAAGCAAGCCAAGGUGGACUCUGUCAAAGGGCUGUUCGGUUUCCUGGAUUUCGAAGUCGAGGAAGGCAAAAAGUUGUUUUUCCACAUGUCCGAGGUACAGGGAGGCGGUAGUUUGUAUCCGGGCGAUUCGGUGGAAUUCUCCAUCGUCACAAAUCAGCGCAACGGUAAAACAUCUGCCUGUAACAUGAUCAAAGUAUCGAGCGACAUGAAUGGCCUACGCGCUGAACGGCUGCUGUCGCGUAUCAAACUCAACUCGGUUGACGAUAGCGGACCACGUUUAACUGUUGUGCGUGCCCCGAAAGGACCAGAUGGUACAAAAGGCUUCCAUAUUUCAGCCAGAACUCCACGUUUAGUUGGAAUUUGCUUGGAAUAAAAAAUGUACACCCUAUUAUUAAACUGAUAAUAAUGCUAUUUUUUGUUUUAUUUUUUCUAAUGAUUUAUUAUUUAAAUUAUUUAAACAAAUCUUUUUUACCUAAAACUAAAUAAUUGUGAAUGAAAAACGCUAAGUGAUUAUUAUUUAUAUAAAGUACUCUAGCAAGGAAACAUUAUACAAAGCAACCAAGCGUAAAACAAAUUAUGUAAACUGAACAAUAUACCGUGAUUGAACGAAUAGACGUUAAAAGAAAUAAAAACAAAGCAACAAACUAAAUAACAAAACAAGAAUAAGGUUAGGAAACGAAACAAACACAAUAAAAGUGCGAGUUGAGAGAAAGAGAAGGAGUAGAAGGAUAUCGUUUGCACCGGAUAACUUUGAUCAGACCCACUCCUGAUUGAAGGGAAAGCACGAAAUCGUGGGUUCUGGGUUUAUUUAGUUUGGCAAUUAGGAAAAAGAAUAGGAAGUUCAAUCUCGAUCACAGACAAAAACGCCAUUAUUUUGAAAUGGUUCAACGUUUGUUUUGUAAUAAUUUUUUUUCUAUUCACUCAGUUGUAAGACAAGUGAGAUAAACAUUAUACAAAGAACGAAUAAAGUACAUAUUGAGGAAUGUUUUGAAACUACAGGAAAAAAAUUAUAUUAACCUAUUUUUAUCUGUCAUGUAGUCGGAAAGCAACAUUAUUGUUAUUCACCAUCGUGUCAAAUUUUUUUGAUUCGUAUUUAAAGAUAUUUGAAAAAAAAGAUUGUUUCAAGUGGUAUUGAACCUUUCAUUCGGCCAAAUUAUCGUUUUCAAAAAAAAAAAAUGGAAAUCCUCCCAUCAGUUAAAUUUUAUUUGACAAGUUAAUAAAAAAGGCAAAAAGAGGAUAAGAAAAUCGAUCGAUAUAUUGAAACAUAAUAAUUAGAAUAAUUCAUAAACAAGCAAACAUUAAGACAUGAAUUAAAUUCAUCGUUCUAUCUACGAAUCGCUGAUUGUAACCAACAAAAUGUAAGAAAAUACCAAAAGUUAUUUCUUUCAAACGCGAAAUCUUCAGACUGUUAUUGCCCACUUUUCAAUGUGUCUCCUAUCUUUAUAUUUUACCUCCAAACAAUUAUAAAAAAAAGCUAACUAUACACAAAUCAAAGGGAUGUGUGACACACAUGCUGAAUAAAUCAAAUGAUUAUGAAAAAACACCGAUAGCCUCUCCAUCAUUCAUUAACAAGAAUACACAUAAAAAACGUGGCAAUGCAAACGUUUUGUUGCCCCCUUUCAAUGGUCAAACUUUAUAUCGAUGUUCGAUUGUUGGGCACCAUUUUGCCUAUUGAAAAAGUAAAAAAAUAAAAAAGAAAUAAUGAAGACAUGGUCUUGCAGAGUUUUCGUUGUUAACACGAAACACUUAGAUUAACAUAAUUGCUACAUACAUACAAACACACUUGAACACACAUACUGAACACACUAGUGAGUAAAAAAUCCUAUUGCGCAACAUUGUUAUUGGAAGAUCCAAUGCUCUGCAGGUGCCAUGUCCUCAAUGCGGACAGAAAAAAGAAAGUAGAAAAGCAACCUCGCCUGGGAAAUGAAUCACAUUCUGCUAGCUCUAUUAGGCACAAUGUAUUAAUACAUACAAAUAAAACAUACAAAAAACACACAAACACACAUAUAGAGGAACAGACAUAUACAACCAAGUUAUAACUUGAACUGUAAACGUACUAUUUAUAAGUGUGAUUGAAGGAGUCCCCUCUAGGAAUUCCACUAACAACGGGAAAAAUCUAACAACCCAACAUAAGGUAAAACCGGAAAAAAGAAAUGAACGAAGGAAAAUCGCGUCGAUAGAACACAGGGAGGCUAUCGCUUUGUCAAAUCGCAACAUCAUCCCCUUGGUAUUGCUCCCUGAUUUUUGUUUGUUUUAUAAAUCAUCAACUCGAUCUAGUCUUCGUAACAAAUGCGGAAUGAAGAAGAAUGCAACAAGCAAAUACGAAUCGUAACACAUACACACACAAAGAAACAAACAAAAAACAAGCAACUUUGCAACUAAGCAUUACAGUUAAAAUAGAGACCCUUCACAGCUAUUACUACUACUGAGCAAAGCAACAAAACAUUCACGCCAAGUACACACAAGAAUCAACUGCAAACAUUGCCGUUCGCAUCAUCAAAUCAGUAACGAAACACAGGUUUAAGUUACAGAAAUUUCUCCAUUUAUGUUGUUAUUCCACAUGAACUUUUAAAGUUCAGCUGAUUGCAACAAAAAAAGCAUAAAAUGUGUACCCAUCAUCAUCGUUAGGAUCAUUUAGGCUGAAGAGAAAAAUCGCAAAACAAAAACAAAAGAAUUGUAAGAAAUGAAACAACACAGAAAACCAUAACUUCAAAAGACUACGGGAUCAAAAAAUUGCAUGUGAAUGCCAUUGAGUGUUAACUUUUUUCACCGAUCAAACUAAAGAAAAAAAAAACAAAAACAAGAAAAAUACAAAAAAAAUGCAGACAAAAAUACCAACUUUUAAGAAACAAUGCGAAACGAAACGCUUCUAAUUUUUUGUCCCGUAUAUUCAAAUCAGGAUGAGGAGUAAAUGGUAACAUUGCAUAAAACCUACACAAAAAAAUCAUACACACACAGGAACAGCAAGGAAAUAUAACGAGAAACAAAACAAAACAGAAAAAAACUAUUAUAAAAAUACAAAAAAGAUGAAAAAACAAACAACAAAAAAACUAGUAAAAAAGUAAACAAAAAAGUACCCAAGUAAAAAAAAAUCAAUCAAUAAACAAUGUAAUUUAAACGAAAAUCUCUAAUGUAACCAAGUAAAAGUAAAAGGUAAAAGAAACAUUGUAAGGCUAAAAAUAUUGCGAAAAAUGCGCACGUGGAAACGUUUAUGAUGUAGAAGAACAAAAGGAAGAAGCAAAAAAAAUAACUACAAAACUCUAGCAGUCGUAACAGACAUCAAAAAAACUUUCAGACAACAUUGUGAACGCAAGCAAAAAACUGAAACAAAAACCCAAGAAAAUGAAGAAGAAAAACAAAAAGAAACA